GUGAAACCCCCGCGCUGAAACACGUACACAAAGCCCGGGGAGACGGGCACGCGCGCGCGCACACUCACACACACAGAGAGGCGCGCGCGCUCGUGCGGAGCAGCAGCUCUUCUCUCUUUUCCGUUCCGCUCUUUUUCAUUUGGCUCCAGCUUUUCUUUUUUUUUAUUUAUUUAUUUUUUCUACUCAGCAGAGAAAGAGGGAGAGAGGGAGGGUGUGACGGCGACAGGACUCGACCCCAACACACACUCACACUACACACUCAAACGCUACACACACACUCACACACACACGCCGCACCUGUCCUAGGAGCCAAUUCAGCCAAUCAGCAGCCUGUCCUCUCUCGUCCUCGCGCGCUGUUGUCGCUCUCUGUUGAUUGGUGUGUUGGGUUCUCUCGCGGACUCGGCGGCUCGGUUCACUGAGGAGAGAAGAUCUUGAGCCGCUUUGUUUUUUAAGUUUUGUUUGGAAGUUUUUUUUUCUCCUGUUUUUCUCCUGUUUUCUUUCUUCGUGGUCGUGUAGGAGCUUUUCUGAGGGAGGUGGAGUCGCGCGCGCGCACACACACGCGCACAUAUUCUCUCUUCAGAGUCUACUGUACACACACACACACACACACACACACACACACACACACACCGCCUGCUCCAGGAGACAGAGCGUUUGAGACCACAGGAGGAGAGGAGGAGGAGCAGGAGGAGAAGAAGAGGGGAGGAGGAGCAGAAGAGAGAGAGAGAGGAGUGUAGUAAAACAGCAGUACUACUGGUAGUGGUGAUGGUAAUGCUGGUGGUGUUGAGAGGCGCGAGGCCCCGCUGACUGUCUCGGAGUAACAUUAAAAAACUGACCGGACCUUUCCCUGCUCGAAGUCACAGCGCGAGACCUGGACCCUCAGUGUGUGUGACUGUGUGUGUGUGCGUGUGUAUGAGUGUGUGUGAUGCUCUAAGUGAGGAUGCCGGUGAGGAGGGGGCACGUGGCGCCCCAGAACACCUUCCUGGACACCAUCAUCAGGAAAUUCGAAAGCCAGAGUCGAAAGUUCAUCAUAGCCAAUGCGCGGGUGGAGAACUGUGCUAUUAUCUUCUGUAACGAUGGCUUCUGUCACAUGUGUGGCUACACACGGGCUGAGAUCAUGCAGAAACCGUGCACCUGCAACUUCCUGUACGGGCCGCACACCAAGCGCCUGGCUAUCGCACAGAUGGCUCAGGCCCUGCUGGGCUCGGAGGAGAGGAAAGUGGAGAUCAUGCUCUACAGGAAGGACGGGGUGUGUUUUCAAUGCCUGGUGGACGUGGUACCAGUCAAGAACGAGGAUGGCGUGGUGAUCAUGUUCAUCCUAAACUUUGAAGUCAUGAAUGAAGAUAAACUGCUAGAUCCCAGCCAGGAACUGAACCACCGGCUGCCUCUCCCCUGGCGCUCCACAAAUCAAGUGCGGCGUAUCCGUCUGCGUCUGCCGCUCCUGCAGUCUCAGAGUAAGAGCAGGUCAUCUCUGAAGGAGGACGCUGAGGCAGGCCGUGGUGGGGUGGGCUUUCCUGGAUCUGCAUGCUCCAGGCCGGGCAGUAGCCACGAGUCUCUUGCCCUGGCUGAGCUUCUGUCCCUCCCCGAGCACGAGCAGGUCCGUCCCACCACUGCAAGCACCGCGUCCUCCUCGCUGUGGCCAGAAGAUCGCCGCACCCUGCUCUGCAGCGAGCCAACACCGCCCCCGCCGGCCCCUCCACACCCGUCCACCCUCCCGCUGGGCCAAUCCUCACCCCGAUCGCAGAGGCUCAACCCAGACGCCUCGGCCUCCAACUGCAGCCUGGCGCACAGUCGCUCGCGCGAGAGCUUCCACAGCAUGCGGAGAGCAUCGUCAGUCGACGACAUCGAGGCCAUGAGGCCCGAGUGGGAGCGCAAACAUCGCAACAGAGCCUCCUGCAGCAGCACGGGUGCCGUGAACAACAAAUCCAGCAUCCUAAACUCUACCUCUGACUCUGACCUCAUGCGCUACCGCACCAUCAGCAAGAUCCCUCAGAUCACGCUAAACUUUGUGGACUUUAAACCCGACCCCCUCAUCGCUCUGCCUCCCGGAGAGAUGGACAUCAUCGCUCCCUGCAAGCUCAUCGACCGCACUCACAAUGUCACUGAGAAGGUCACGCAGGUGCUGUCAUUAGGCGCUGAUGUCCUUCCUGAAUACAAGCUCCAGGCCCCCCGCAUCCACAAGUGGACUGUGCUGCACUAUAGCCCUUUCAAAGCUGUGUGGGACUGGCUGAUUUUGCUGCUGGUCAUCUACACGGCCAUCCUUACGCCCUACUCCGCCGCCUUCCUGCUGAAUGACAAAGAUGAGCGCCUCAUGCCCAAGUGUGUCUACUGCAGCCCCCUCGACGUGGUGGACCUCAUCGUGGACAUCAUGUUCAUCAUUGACAUCCUCAUCAACUUCCGCACCACCUACGUUAACGCCAACGACGAGGUGGUGAGCCACCCGCUGCGCAUCGCCGUGCACUACUUCAAAGGCUGGUUCCUCAUCGACAUGGUGGCCGCCAUCCCCUUCGACUUACUCAUCUACCACAACGGAGAGGAGACAACUACUCUGAUUGGCCUCCUGAAGACGGCACGCCUCCUCCGCUUGGUGCGAGUGGCCCGAAAGCUGGACCGCUAUUCGGAAUACGGCGCUGCUGUGCUCUUCCUGCUCAUGUGCACCUUUGCGCUCAUUGCCCAUUGGCUAGCCUGCAUUUGGUAUGCUAUUGGCCAUGUUGAACAGAACCGUGACAUUGGUUGGCUCCACACCCUGGGAGAUCAGCUCGGGAAACAUUUUAAUGAAUCUGUUCGUGGAUCUGGGCCCAGCAUCAAUGACAAGUAUGUGACUGCCCUCUAUUUCACCUUCAGCAGCUUGACCAGUGUAGGAUUUGGAAAUGUCUCACCAAACACCAACUCUGAGAAGAUCUUCUCCAUCUGCGUUAUGCUUAUCGGAUCCCUCAUGUAUGCUAGUAUCUUUGGAAACGUGUCAGCCAUUAUCCAGAGGCUGUACUCGGGUACGGCUCGAUACCACACUCAGAUGCUCCGCGUGAGAGAGUUCAUCCGCUUCCAUCAAAUCCCCAACCCGCUCAGACAGAGGCUGGAGGAGUACUUCCAGCACGCCUGGUCCUACACCAACGGCAUCGACAUGAACGCUGUGCUGAAAGGUUUCCCCGAGUGUCUGCAGGCUGAUAUCUGUCUACACUUGAACCGCACACUCCUCCAAAACUGUAAAGCUUUUAAAGGCUCCACCAAAGGCUGCUUGCGAGCCCUGGCCAUGAAAUUCAAGACCACCCACGCUCCACCGGGCGACACACUGGUCCACGCAGGUGAUGUGCUCACAGCCCUCUACUUCAUCUCUCGCGGAUCUAUCGAGAUUCUGCGGGGGGACGUGGUGGUGGCCAUCUUAGGAAAGAAUGAUAUAUUCGGCGAACCCAUCAACCUGUACGCUCGGCCAGGGAAGUCCAACGCUGACGUAAGAGCCCUGACCUACUGUGACCUGCACAAGAUCCACAGAGAGGAUGUGCUGGAGGUCCUGGACAUGUACCCGGAGUUCUCUGACCACUUCUGGAGCAACCUGGAGAUCACCUUCAACCUUAGAGACACGAACAUGAUUCCCGGAUCUCCGAGCAGUGAUGACUCUGACUGCAUUGGCUUUAACAAACUCCGCAAGAGAAAGCUUUCCUUCCGGCGGAGAACAGAAAAAGAUGAUGCAGAUGCUGGAGAGAUCAAGAAGAACCAGAAACCUAUAAGGCGCAACAGGAAACAGGCCACGGGUAAUCAGAAUGAGGGACUGAAACCGGAUUGGGAGGGGCCUAGGAGUUCUAUUUCCUCCCACUCCAGUGGUGAUGAAGGGGAGGAGAAUGUUCAUGCGUGUCCCGGUCCACCCACCCCACUGCUGGAGCUCUCUCAAGCCCAAGCCACUUCUAUGAACUUUAACGAUCACGCUGAGGGGGAGGCGGAUCCAAAAACGGGCAAUACUUGCAAUGCUCUGUCAGGUGCACUCUCAGGCGUGUCUAACAUAUUCAGUUUCUGGGGCGAGAGUCGAGGGCGACAGUACCAGGAACUGCCCCGCUGCAACCUCCCUUCACCCCCACCACAACUCAACACCCCCCUACACAGCAUCUCCAGACAACAGAGGAACCAGCUGGAGAACAGGCUGGACCUGCUGCAGAAACAGCUCAACAGAUUGGAGACACGUAUGUCCACAGACAUUGGGGCGAUAAUGCAGCUGCUGCAGAGACAGAUGUCGCUGGUGCCUCCAGCAUACAGCACAGUGUCGUCCCCCCCACAGGCCUCUCCGUACCCCAGCCCGAGCCCCGGACCCGGAGAGAGACUGAUCCAGCCUGUCACACCGCUGGAGUCCGAAACACUCACCUCACUCUCACAAAUCCUGGAUCCACAGGACUUUGAGGAAUUCCCAGCCAAGUCUAGUGAGUCUCUCCACAGCCUGGCUGCAGAGCUCCAUCCGUCAGAGAGCCGCUUCCUCAGCACGGGGGACGUCCCUCUGCAGGGCCUGAGGUCCCACCCUCUCUCUCAGUCUCCGGACCCCGAAACCCAGCGCAGAUUCUCCCUGCAGGAGCAGCAGACGCCCCUGGACUCACGGACUCCGCAGAGACACAGCUCUGACCCCGGGAGCUAGGGAGCGAGCGAGGGAGGAAGGAGGAGAUACCAACAGUGCGAGGAGGAGAGGAGAAAAAACAAAAACAGAUCAAACACAUCCUCCCGCUCUGCUUCUCUCUCUCUCUCUCUCUCUUUCUCAGUCAGUCUCUCUCUCUCUCUUUCUCUUUCUUGCACAUCUCAUGGGGGGGUCUCUUCCCUCUGUUCCUGUUUUUGCACUGAGAAAGGGGUGUGAGUGGAGGGAUGGAAAGGACACACACAUGCACAUGGCAGACCUCUCUGUUUUUGUUUUGUUUUUUUCUUGCUGGAGUAGGACUGUUGCUGUCCCAGGACAACCUACAUAAUAAUCCAAUGAUUUCACCAUGAGGGUGAUCUACAGUCCCUCAGGUUGUGGGGGAAUCAUUACCAAACUGAUGUUAAAAUAGACACGGGGAGCAAUGAGGGAGAGGAGGGGUGACGAACAUUGCCCACUUGUUUUGGCUUUCGUUUAAAAAGCCGAAUGCCUGCUCACGGGACAGCCUUCGUGUUCAAAUUGUCCCUUUACUACUGUUAUCCAGUAUUGGAUUACUAUGUAUGAAUAAUAACGGAAAUAAUAAUAAUAUAAGUAGCCAUUAUGUCUUGCACUGAAAUUUUUUCAGAAUCUUUAUCUAUAUCAUGUCCGCGGCGCUUCCGACAAAACAACAAAGGAAAGAAAAUCUAAAUAAAAAAAAUUCUAGUGUUAGCUGGCCUAACAGAAAUACAAGAAAAGAAAAAAAAAAAAGUCACAUUGUGUAAUCUGUCUAUUCUGUCCUGUCAACCCGCCUCUCAUUCCCUUGAUGUCUGUGGUAAAGGCGGAGCCUCAGGGCUCAGGUGUAUACUGGUGGAUUGGUGGGUUUGCAUUACAGUGUGAUAGAGAGUGAGGGGGUGGGUGGGUUAAGGGGUCUAAAGCCAUGCCAUUACUGAACAUAUCAGAUUUCUGUGCACUGACACUGCGUGGCUUGGUAGAGAAAGAGUUAAUGAACAAUAUGCAAAAGCAAGCAAAAGAUGACUGUCUGUGUUAAAGCCUGCAUGAUGUCAGCCAGUGUUCAAAGGUGUGUCCUAGUCUGCAUUGGGUUUGAAAUUGGACUUAUAUUGGAAUAUAUACUUACCUAUAUAAAUAGGUAUACAGGUCUGUUUAUUAGGGAUGUCCUGCUUUCUCAGAUAUGGCCUCAGCAAUACGUAUCCCUACGAUCCACAACCUCACGUUAAUGUACUUCUCUUUGGGAUGAGACUGCAAGAAAAAGAAAAUGAUUAUUUUACCCAUAUAUAUCUAUAUUUGUGUGUGUGAGUAAUGCAGUGAAAUGAAUAUGAAAUGCUAUUAUUUACAGCAAUUGACAUGCACUGGACAACACAAAUAAAAACAAAAGUAAGCUUAGUGAUCUGCAUUAGGAUGAAGAUUACUGCGUAGGAUUCUUCAGGUAGCGGCAUAUUUAGCUCUGGGAACUACUGCGGCGUGUGCCGGUUCAGUACCGGCAAGCGUCUGUAUACAGUAACACUGUCUCACAUAGAAAAGAAAGGCACUGUAGAGAGGCAUUUUAGGAAUUACAAAAAACUGAUUGUAUGAUAUUUCCCACUGGUUUUAUUUAUAAUGUAUAUCAGUCGUGAAUUGAUUCUAUUUUGUUGAUACCAAAUACUGCUUUAAUUUUGCAAGAGAUUAUUUUCAUUACUUAUUUUAAGAAACUGAAUCAAAGGUUGCUGGUGAUCACCAGCUGUUGUUCGACAGUUGUCCUAUAUAUAUUAGUUUGUUAUGAUUGUGUGGGAGGACAACAGAAGACAUUGUUGGUGACUGCAAGUGUUGCACGUAUUUGUCUGUCACAGACUUUAUCAUUACUGUUAUUGUUUUGUUCUUUUAUUCUUUUGAUUGUCUGUUAAUUUAUAUCCACAGCAUUCUCAUAGUGCAGAGCAAGAGGAGUUUGUUGAUUUUUGGGGCACGGGCAGUAUUUAGAAGUAGAUCAAGAUUCUAACUCUGAAAUGCUUUUCAGAUACUGGUCCUAAAGGAAUAGUCCAGCAUAAUAUCUCUAAUAACAAUCAUUUCAUCCAAUUUUCCCUGUAUUAAGUAAAUUAAAAGCAAAUCUAUCAAAUUACCAGCACAUAAAAUUCUGUUCUAAAUAUGUUUUCAGUCGCAGGUUAUCAUUUUAGCUCUGUUCAGCAUGGAAAUUAUUGACAAUUGUGAUCAGCAUUAGGCUACAGAUGUAGCUGCUAAGGCUGGGUAUCAUGAUCCUAAAUGAAUGAUGUUACUACAACCAAGCAGGUUUAAUACCUUUACUGCAUGGCCUAUAUCACACAAAAAUGGGCUGUGUUCCACUAUACUUGACACUUGACAUAAUACUGGUUUGCAGAGGGGUGUGCACUGGAGAGCAGCAUGUUGUCAAAUUGGCGAGAUGCAUUUCCUAGUGACUACCUUUCAAGCACACCCCCAUCACAAACCAAAAUCAGCCUGAUUGAUUCCUUACUAAAUUAGGGUAUACAGUUAAAGUAAAUACAGCAAUUACUGGUUUAAUCAUUUGCACCUCUAUAUUGCCAUCUGACACAAGUCUGAUUUUGGCACAGCACCUGUACUUUUCCUUUUCUAUUGUUUGACGAGUAACAAUAGCAUGUCUCAGCUUCCAGUAUUCACUCUGAGUUAAAGUCUAAACUUUUUACAAAAGUGCUUUUACACUGCUAAAAAAAUGAAUCAUUGUCCAGUUGAUCCAGGCUAAGACCACCUCUUUUGGUUGGGGAUACAUUUUUUUUUGUCCUUUGGUCUGGUAGUUCUAAAAGUACCAUUUUUUCAACUCUGUUUGCCCCCAGCAUUUUGGAAAAUUGUACAGCACUUUCAGCCGAUGCUCACAACAGGCGUACAAUGCUAGCGAUAGCAGCUCAGCAUUGGCCAUGCAAAAAAAUAUCUAUUUCAAGACUCAAAAUAACUUCACGGUUGAUUGGUAGAAUUUCUAGGGCCCAGACAUUUAAAACAAAGCACUGAGAACUUUAAAGGUACACAGUUAGUUUAUGAAAAAAGACUGUUUAUACACACAGGACAUUGAAGUAGUUCUCUGGGCACCGCCAUCAUGAAACUCAAAAUAAUUCAAAUAACGAGCAUGAACGAAUAGGUAGGAUAGGUGAACAGAUACAAAAUUAAUUCAGAAUGAUUAUUAGAUAUAUUUUCAGUAACUGAAUUCAUGAAAGGAACUGUGUGUAUAAACAGUAAAAAUGCACAGGCAGUUCUCCAGCCCUAAGAAUUCUACCAAUGAAGUGUGGAGCUACUUGGUAAUGGCAAUUUAUUUAACACCCAAUUUUAAUACUUACCAAGCCUUAUGCAUGGUAAAUCUGCUCAUUCCAAAAUCCAGAGUGCUAACCUUUCUUCAGUCCUUUCUGGUAUGAAAAUUCUGAAGAGUACCAGCCUUAGCAGCUGCUAGCAACUAGUGUAAAAGAUGCUGAACUAUUCCUUUAACAUGCUAACUGUGGCUAGCAUAGAAUAGGCUUAGCUGUGGUUAUGUUUGCACUUUAAAGCACAACCAAAGCAUAGCUUCUGAUUUUCCUCCCUAACAGCACAGUUUGAGGUGUGUUCAGGGUGCCAUGUUUAAGAUAUUAAUUCUGGAUGGCCUCCACUCAGAGUAACAGUAGCAGAAUAAAAUAUUGGACUAGCAAUUAUGGUUUAGAUAGCUUGCUUAUUGACAAGAUAUGGAUAUAUGUCAUUUAUUAGAGUAUCCAGGUAGCGCAGUCACUCAGACAACAUGUACAGUAGAUAAAGUAAGUAAACAGGUGUUCCACCAUAUAUAAUUAGAGACGCUAUAAGCUAUAAUAUCUUGGAAAUCAAUAUUCAACAAUGCUGUUCCUACUUUUGUGAAGAGAGGAUGAUUAUCACAGUAAUAUCAUCAUAACCCUUGUGUAUGUGGCAACCAUUUUAUGUAUCCCUGUGGCCUCCUCCCUAAUGUAACCAUAAUACUCGUUGUCUUGUUAUGUGUUGAGUGUACUCUGCUGUGCACUUUACAGAUCCCGCUCCACUCCAAGGUGUAAAAAUAAAGAAAUGAAUAAAAGUGUAGAGUUCAUUUUUCCCUGUUCACAUAUCUAUUUAUAGUGAUAUCUCCAAAGGCUGUUUUAUGUAUGUAGAUAUUCUUCAGUCUUGGUUUUAAUUUAUUUUGGCAAUGCAUUGACACUGGAUUGCUCUUUGUUUUUCUCCCUCCUAUGUACUGUACAUACGAGAGUCUUGUAAAGGAAUCGAUUCUUGGCACUCAUAUAGCCGGCACUAUGCAGAAUCUGUCAUUUCCUUGGCAUGCUUUGAAAUGCAGAAAAAAACUGUAGAUGAAAAAUAUGUUUGAUUUUAUAAAGGAGAAAAAAAUGCUUAAUACAUAUGUGAAUAUGUUGUUAAUAUGAAUAACAAUAAUAAUAAUAAUGAAAGAUUAUAUAAUAUAUAAUGAUGACUUUGUGCACAUUUUAUUUGCAUGCUGCACUGAAGAGGACAGAGGUGCAAAGGCAGCUGUUGCGCUGUUGAAUUUAGAAUGUGUAGACAGAUGCACUGUACUUCCAGGUCACUUGCGAGAGUGAUUUUAUGUACUUCCAGCUCAUGGAAGAAUGGACAUUGUGAAACUGAAAAAACUACUGUAACAAUGCUAGUGCAACAGACGACAGAAUCAUUAUGGGCUUCUGGCCCAACAGUCCUGGAGGGCGUUCACACAGUCUCUCAAUCCAUAUCAGAUCACUCCAGAAAGCUAAGCUACAGGUCUUGAUUGUGUGAUAGAAUCUUAAAAGGGUUGACUUUAUAAAAUUUAAAAUAUUUCUUUCAAUAAACCUCUUUGAAAACAAUUGAAAUAUCAAA